AUGACUGGAAAUAGAGAACCGAAUCAUGAAAAGCUAGGCCAAUUGAUUCUUCAACUCUAUCUUUCUCAAUGUUCUAAUGUAAUUCCCCCCAAUCUAUCCUUCCAACUUCCACCACCACCUCUUCCCUCUUUCAGCACAUCCUCGUAUGCCACUGCAGUUGCCUUGCAAGAACCACCCAUCUACAUCCCUCCUUUCGCAGUAGACUAUGGCCAGACCACAUCCAUCCCAGUCUCCAAUCAUCACCCAACUACUAUCUUCAAAGCCACAGUGGUGCAGCAGCAGGACCCACCACCCAAUGUAGUGGCCCAGCAAAACCUCUCACCGGUCCGACGCCACAGACCUACCAAUGCUCCACACGGGAACAAAGAUGAGCAUGUGGUUCCACCAUUCGAGUGGGCUACCGACCACCGUGCCACCGUUCACAGUCUCGACUACCUUAGAUCGCAUGACAUUACCAGGAUCAAGGGCGAUGUAGAAUGCGAGCGGUGUGAGAGUCGAUAUCAGAUCGAGUUUGACCUGAACAUCAGCUUUGGGGAGAUUUCAGAAGAUAUAAUAAAGAAAAAGAUCUCUUUCUCGACAGCGCCCAACGAGUGGAUGAAUCCGAAGCUGCUUGAUUGCAUCGUAUGUCAACAGACUGAAUGUUUGAAGCCUGUUAUCUCUGAAAAGAAGCGUUCUAUCAACUGGCUUUUCUUGCUAUUUGGGAAGAUGCUUGGCUGCUGUAGUCUUGAACAGUUGAAGUACUUCUGUAAGCAUACAAGGAACCAUCGGACGGGUGCAAAAGAUCGGCUUCUCUACCUUACUUAUCUUGCCCUAUGCAAACAGCUCGAUCCUCACGGCCCGGUCGGACGCUUUUAUUAA